GCGAAUAGCAGUGAAGUUCGUCGCAGUUCGCCGAUGAAAUUGCGAGUGGCGAUUGUGGCGCGCAACAGCGGAAGUGACGUUACGCGCGGCGCAAUAUGGCGGACGCUGGGCAACGUAAACAGUACGGCGACCACGGCAGCUCGUAUGUGGAGCGUCGUGUCGAUUCGGUGACGAAUGUGAAAGUCGAUGAUAUGGCCGAGAGAAAAUUCGUAACGCCGAGACGGAAGCGGCACAACGACCACCCUUCUGGGUCAAGGCCGUCGGAAAGGUCGGAUGUACCGAAGGAACCGGCGAGGCCGCCUAGAACGAGGAUGCAGCAGACCGCAAAUGUGACGACGGCUCACAAUUCCAAUUUCGGGAAUGGCGCACAACGUAGCGUAUUUGUGGAAUCACAGCAGAAGCCGACCGAGAAGGCCCCGAUGACGACCCUCGACGAGAACGUGAACCGUGUACCACGACAACAGCAUAAAACAACCGAAAAUAUGGAUUAUCUAGGAAAUCUCGAUCGGAUAGAAAGGCUCUCCCUGAAAAACGGACAGAUCCAAGACGUGGAUGGUGGGCAGCCUGUUCAAGUAGUACUUGCCCAUCCAGAUCAUACCUUUGAAUUAGAUGAAGCUGCAUUGUCAGAAAUUCUCCUACAUGACGACGUAAAAGAUAGAAGUGUGGUUGUAGUAUCUGUUGCUGGUGCCUUCAGGAAAGGCAAAAGUUUCCUUCUUGACUUUUUUCUUCGUUACAUGAACAACAAGUAUACAUUACAAAAUAAUACCGAUUCCUGGUUGGGCGCCGAAGACGAGCCAUUAAGUGGUUUUUCAUGGCGAGGUGGUUCCGAGAGGGAUACUACAGGAAUAUUGAUGUGGUCGAAGGUUUAUCCCGCUACCUUGGCGAAUGGUGAAGAGAUCGCCGUGAUUCUUAUGGACACUCAAGGCGCUUUCGACAGUCAGUCAACGGUGCGGGAUUGCGCGACAGUGUUCGCAUUGAGUACAAUGCUAUCCUCCGUGCAAAUAUACAACCUGUCGCAAAAUAUUCAGGAAGACGAUCUUCAGCAUCUACAACUGUUCACCGAGUAUGGCAGAUUGGCGCUAGAGAGCUCUGAUAGUACACCUUUCCAGAGACUACAGUUCUUAGUCAGAGACUGGGUUUAUCCGUAUGAGGCCGAUUACGGCGCAAAUGGUGGAAAGAAAUUGCUCGACAAAAGACUGGAGAUUUCCGACAGGCAGCAUGCGGAAUUGCAAAGCUUGCGAAAGCAUAUCAAGUCUUGUUUUUCGGAUAUAUCAUGUUUCCUCAUGCCACAUCCCGGUUUAGAGAUCGCGACGAAUCCGAAAUUCGAUGGUAGAUUAUCUGAGAUACAGACCGAGUUUAAGAAACAGUUAAAAGUGCUUAUACCAAUGAUACUGGCGCCGGAAAAUCUAGUGACCAAAAAGAUCAACGGCCAGGUCGUGAAAGCGAAAGAUUUGUUGGAAUAUUUCAAAAGUUAUAUCAAUCUUUAUAAGGGAGAUGAACUUCCCGAACCGAAAAGUAUGCUUGUGGCCACAGCGGAAGCUAAUAACUUAACCGCUGUAGCAGAAGCUAAGGAUUUGUACCUUCAGAUGAUGGAGACCGUGUGCGGUGGAGCGAAACCGUUUUUAGCAACCGCUCACUUAGAAUCUGAACAUCAACAUUGUAUGGACACAGCUCUUCGUCAAUUCCAGAAUAAACGAAAGAUGGGCGGAGAAGAAUUCAGUCAAAUAUAUAUGGAAAAAUUAAUUAAGGACAUGGAUGACGCUUUCUUGCAAUUUAAAGCGCAUAAUGAGAGCAAAAAUAUUUUUAAAGCAGCACGGACGCCAGCAGUGUUUUUCGCAAUUGCCGUUACUAUGUAUAUUUUAUCCGGAAUAUUUGGUCUUGUUGGUCUGUACACAAUAGCGAAUGUAUGUAAUCUUAUUAUGGGUGUUGGCCUUCUCACACUUGUCUUAUGGGCAUAUAUAAGGUAUAGUGGAGAAUUUAGAGAAAUUGGGACACAAAUAGAUGACUUAGCCAGUAAGAUAUGGGAAAAUUGUACUAAUGAAAAACGAUAUUUGAGAAAGCUGAGUGCUAACAGGAGCAAAUAUCUCGAAAAGUUCAUGAAGCCACUCUACCAACAAUUUGUGGAGAAGUCCGUGUCUGUAGCAGUGGCACAGGCUGCUGAAAUAGCGGUAACGAAUUCAACAAUGAACGCCACUGUCACUGCCAAUGGCAAGCCUAAAUUAUUGUAACAUUCAUUCCCGUAAUAUCCUAAUCGUUUAAACGAAUCGAAAUAUCGCAUCCUUAUAUGUUAAGUGGCAUAAUCAAAUUUUACAAUAUCGUGAUGUUUUGACAUACCGCCAUGAAUAGUUUUUUCUCUGUUUAAAACUGGAUUAAACAUUAUGGCUUGGAAGCAUUAAUUUGAAAAUGACUGUGAAUGUAUAUACAAUGUAUUCUAAUUAUAAAACAGCGAUUAGAUUGAUGGAAAUCGUGUGAUUACUAGUAUUGCCUAGUAUAUCCUUGAUAUGGAUGUUGUAAAAAUAAAAUCUUGUACUGGUGAAAAAUACUAUUAUUGUAGCUUGAUCUGAAAGUUUUAAUAUGGAGAUGUUAAUAUAUUUAAAGUUAUUGCAAAUUAUCAAAAAGUAGAAAAGUGCAUUUGUA